AUGGCAGCGUGUUACUCUCAAGAGAAAUUUAAUGUCACUUCAUACAAUGCCGUGUCUUUUGCCAUUAUCACAAUCCAGACAUUUGCUGGCUGGUGGAUAAAUGGUAUCAUUGUUUCUAUGCUGUGUGUUUCUUGGAUGAAAAAGAAAAUCUUUAAUUCUAAUGAGAAGAUCGUGCUGGUUCUGGGGUCCUGCAGGUUUGUGGAUUUUUGCUUUACAUGGGUGUAUUCAUUUCUUUCAAUAAUUUAUCCCCACUUCAUUUAUGUUCAUCCCAUGCCCCAAAUAUUUUCAUCUAUCCUAAGCUUUUUACAUUCUAUCAAUGUGUGGGUUUCUGCCUGUCUUUGUGUUUUUUAUUGUAUAAAAAUUGCAAAUUUCCAGCACACCUUCUUUAUUUAUCUGAAGAUAAAAAUAGACAGGGUGGUGCCUUGGAUGUUGUUUGGUUCUGUGCUCUUAGCACUGGUCAUGGCAGUCUUCAGCUAUGAUGUGACUGACAGAGCAAUCUUUAAAAACAUCAAUUCCACUGACACAAUAAUUAUUGGGACACUGAGUGUCAGAACAGAUGAACAUAUAUUUGUUAUGUUUUUAAUCAGUGCCUUUGUUUUAACCACUGCAUUCAUGGUAGUCAUCUUUUCUACCCUUCUCCUCCUCUUUUCUCUCUGGAGACAUAAGCGCAGGAUGCAGGCAAACUCAAUGAGGAAUCUCAACAUGGAUGCCCACAUCAAAGCCAUAAAAUCUAUUCUGUUCUUCUUCUGCAUUUAUAGCAUCAGCUUUACUGGAUUCAUCUUGAUAUUAUUUUAUGCCACAAAGAAAGAAUAUCUUCAAUUGUUUUUCAUUUCAAUAUUUCAGCCUGCUCUUUCAGGUUUUCAUUCCCUUAUUCUGAUUUUCAGCAAUCCCAAACUGGAAAAGACAUUUUUAAGGACUCUGUCCUGUUUCAAGUUGAAGUUUCACAAGGGGUAG